AUGGGAUCUUUAAUGGCUGGUUGGGACUCACCUGUCCCUGAUCCUAAAUCAGUGAAAACUUCAGUGAAAUACAGAAGGAAUCGGUCACUCACUAAAGGAGAGAUUGAUGCUUACUGGAGAUUAAAGAAGAAAACAGAGGAGGAUCAUCUCAAAGCUAUUUCUAGUCUAUCCAGUAGCAGUCAGCAGGAUGGGACGCACGAGGAUUAUGGAAUAGAAUUUCAGAGAUCAAGCUCUUUCCCUCCUGCCAAUACCAAGGAGGGGUUCGCGGACAUGGAAACUGAAGCAAGUUUGGAGCAACUCAUAAAGAAAAACGGCUGGUGGGCAAGUAGCAACUGGGCAUUUCUAAAUGAACCACCAGUACUGGAGCGUUCUUCUAACAAUUACACCCCACAAUCUACCAUAUCUAAGCUAGUGGGGAAUUAUGGAUUUGCCUCUUCAGCUAAGCUACCACUCUGGUGCCUGAAAUGGAAAACCUCUAUCAGUUUUCUGCAAAACCCUCCAGUUGAAUGGAAUUCCCUACUUGAUCAAGUUGAGCAGCAAAGGCCUUCAUGA